AUGACAUCUAAGAAAGUUGUCAUCAAUGAAAAGCCUAAACCUGCCAAGAAAAGUUUCUUCCCGCUUUUCCGUUCCGAGUCUGUGACAGCUAAAACAUCUGCAGAAGCUGACAAAAUAGAUUGCAAUGCAAAUAACACAGAAACAAAAAAACUGAUGCGUCGAAGUUCUAUGAUUUGUUCUGAAGGAUUUGAUAAGUAUACAUAUGAUUGCCACUACUUUGGAAUUCCUCCCAAACCAUCAACCAAACAAGAAAACGACAAAACAGUUAAAGAAUCACUUCCAAAAACACAAGUCGAAUCAGCUGUUUCAUUAAAUCAUGGGGCAGUAGGAGAAAACUUAGUUUAUAAUAAUCAACCUUAUGCAGCUUCAUCUAGGUAUGAUAAUGUACCUCUCAAUGAAACUACUAGCAGACAAUCUGUGAGAUCAACCGGACCUAAUGAAGCUGCUCCAAAACCUCAACAUAUUACUUCAGAGCACUUUAACAAAGCACAAAAUUUGCCUUUACCACCAAAAUCUUUGCCUCGUCAAGUAUCUUCUGUGUCAGAUAUAUCUGAAACAUAUUCUUCGUCACACAUGCCACCAGUACAAAAAGUUAAAGAGCCUGUUAAUAUACCUCAUUAUCACCCAUACUCUAAUGAAUCUGUAAGGAAUUUUGAAUAUUUUAACUCUCCAUCUCUGUCUGGUGUAUCAUUUCAAAGAGCUUCUAUCCAGAAUGUACCACCAUCUUACAACCAGUCACCAAACGUCCCGUCAUCUAAUAUGGGGAGCCAACAAAGAUUAAGUGGGCAUUUUCACUCUUUUCAGAAUGUCCCCAAUACUCUUAGUAUGCCAGCUUUCAAGCAACCUACUACUCAACUAGCUCCUAUAUCUGAGACUGAUGAUUCAUCUCAAAAAUUGAACUCACAAUACAAUUUUGUUCAAAAUGUUCAACAUUUACCUCCAUCAGGUAGCAAAAAGUCCUUGCCUAUCAAUAAUAGCAUUCAAUCAGAUUUCAAAAAUGUAUUUCCGUCAAAUGUUCGUCAAAACCAGUCAUCUGAAUAUCUGCCGCCAAAUCAAAUCAACCCCGUUGGAUUGGGUUAUAGGUCACAGAAUGCUGCACCAAUAUCUACUCCAUCAUUAAACCUUCCUAAUGAACCUAAAAAUUCUCCUCAUAAUUUCCAACUACACAAACAACCUACUUAUGAUGAUUUCGCCCGAAAUUCUGCUCAAAAUGUGAUGUCUCCUCGUAAAACAGCUAGUCAAAAAAUUACCAGUGAACCAGUUUCUAUAUUGAAGAAAAAUGUUAGUGUUAAAAGUGCACUUAUUAAAAGGGAUUCUGUAGUACAUCCAGAAAAAGUUAACAUGCAAUCUUCUUUAUGCAUUAAUGGAAGGUUUCAAAAUCCAUGGCCAACUUGGAGCCCACCUACUUUGACUAAUAUAUUGAAAUUUGGUAUCUCUAAGGAUAAUAGCAAAGUGCCUCCAAAACAAGAACUUGAUUUAAUUUUGCCUAUGGUAAAGCAGAACUUUUCCAAACUAUCAAUUCCUGAUGAUGGCAUAAGAGUCACUUGGAUUGGACAUUCCACUGUACUUGUACAAAUGCACGGCUUGAAUAUAUUGACUGAUCCAAUCUUCAGUGACAGAGCAUCUCCAAGUCAAGUUGUAGGACCAAAAAGAUUUCGAGAUCCCCCUUGUUCAAUUCAUGAUCUACCUCAUAUAAAUGCUGUUGUUAUUAGUCAUAAUCAUUAUGACCAUUUAGACUAUAAUACAGUGAUCCUUUUAAAUGCCAGAUUUGGAACUGAUAUUCGUUGGUUUGUUCCCCUCGGCUUGCAGUCUUGGAUGCAGAAUGUUGGUUGUGAGAAUGUUGUAGAACUUGAUUGGUGGGAAGAAAAUUGUGUUCCUGAACAUAGUGAUACUUUUUUUGUUUUUACUCCUGCCCAGCAUUGGAGUAAGAGAACUCUUGGAGAUGAUAAUAAGUCUUUAUGGGGAAGUUGGUGUGUAUUAGGUCCUAAGUACAGAUUUUUCUUUGCUGGAGAUACUGGAUAUUGUGAAGUUUUUAAACAGAUUGGUAAAGUUCAUGGGCCUUUUGAUUUGUCUGCCAUUCCCAUUGGAGCAUAUGAACCAAGAUGGUUUAUGAAAUAUCAACAUGUUAACCCAGAAGAAGCUGUUCAAAUACACAUGGAAGUAAGAAGUAAAAAAAGCCUUGCUAUUCACUGGGGUACAUUCUGCUUAGCAAAUGAAUAUUAUUUGGAUCCUCCUGUAAAACUGCGUAAUGGCUUAGACAAGUAUGAAAUCCCACCUGAAAAUUUCUUCACAAUGAAACAUGGCGAAACUAGAUUAAUAGCUCAUGGAAGUAAUACUCAAAAGAUUCUUCAAAUGCCUUGCAUCGAAAGUGAAUUUUAUUUUUAUUGAAAUAGAUUUUAAAAGAUCAGUGUCGGAAUGAAUGAAAUUAUUUAACUGAAUAUUUAAAAGCUUCAAGUUAGUUCCUUAUUCUUUCUCUGUUUGGAAUGUCAUUUAUUUUGUUAUUA